AUGGCGGCCGCGGGCAGGGCGGGCGGGCCGGGGGACGCAGAGCAGCGCGGCGGCGGCGGCGGCGGCGAGCGGCCCGCACCCGCACCCACGGCGGCGGCGGCGCGGGGCACGCCGGGAGAGCGAGUCCGCCCGCUCCGCGACUACAACUCCCGUCAGUCCGGGCGGAGCCAAGGCGGCGCGGGGCUGGGGCGGGCGGGAACUACAUCUCCCAGCGGCAGCCCGCGCCCCGCCCCUCCCCGCCCCGCCCCUGGCGGCCGUCGGCGGGGCUCGCCGGGCGCCGUGAGUCAGUGCCCAGUAAACAUUGGCGUGAGCCGCCGGCUCCGCCAUGGUGGCGGCGCCGUGAGGGCGGGGGGUGGCGCGGCGGGCUGGGCGCGGCGGCGGCGGCGGCGGGGGGCCGGGGCCAUGGACGAGCUCAAGCACCAGGUGAUGAUCAACCAGUUCGUGCUGGCGGCCGGCUGCGCCGCCGACCAGGCCAAGCAGCUGCUGCAGGCGGCCCACUGGCAGUUCGAGACUGCUCUCAGUGCUUUUUUCCAAGAAACGAACAUCCCCUACAGCCACCACCAUCAGAUGAUGUGCACUCCCGCCAACACGCCGGCCACACCGCCCAACUUCCCCGACGCCCUCACCAUGUUCUCCCGCCUCAAGGCCUCCGAAAGCUUCAACAGCAGUAGCCCUGUGGCCUCCAUGGCGACUUCCCCGCCACCCCCGGCCCCACCGCUGCCCCAGCACGGGGCCUUCAACCCCGCCUGGCCCACAGCUUCGCCCCCCGGCCAGCAGCAGAGCAUGUGGACUCCGGCCCCGCCGGCGCAGCCCGCGGGCUGGCCAGCCGCCGUCUCCCAGCAGGCCACGGCAGAACAGAAGGCCAACGUGACCAUGGAGGCAGAGAGAUGAGGCUGCGGCAGAGAGCGUACGCGGCGGGGACCCCUGCGUAUAAAUAUAUAUAUAUUUCUUUUUUUUUUUUUUCCCCCCCCUCCCCGAAGAGGAGAGGAACUCUGCUGCCAGAGCGUCUGGCAGCUGCUGAGACACAUGAGCAAAUAGCUGCCUUGCAUGGGUUUGGUUUGAAGUAGUUUUUACUUGUCCUCGAGCUGAACGGAGCUCCCCAGAGACAGCGGGAGGCUGCGUGGGAUGGAGGACCGGUGCUGGCCUCUGCCUGGGACCCCGCCGCUGCCGGGGAGGGAGCACCCCCUCCUCUCUUGGGACACCGGAGUUUGCAUGCAAGUGACAUUUACGGAGGAGGUCCCUUCUUCACGGUCCCCUGGGCCACCCCACCAGGCAGAGUGGGUUGUGCCUGAGUGUUUCCCCUCAUCCCUUGGCCCCACUCGACUGGGUGGGGGCAGAGACCCCACGUGGCUUGUUUUUUGUAAGGG